AUGGAUGAGGUGGGAAUAUCAAUAGCAGCAAAACUUGCUGAAUAUUUGGUGGAUCCUACUUUACGCCAAUUGCAAUAUUUGUUUUGCGUCGGAAAAAUCACCAGAAAUGUUGAGACCAAAAAGGAGGAAUUGGUACUGAGGCAGGGGAGGGUGCAGGAACGUGUUGAAGAAGCCAUUAAGAGGACUGAGAGGAUCGAUGAUGAGGUUAACAAGUGGAAGAAUGAGGUGGUGAGGCUCAUAGCAGAUGUGGAGAACUUGGUGCAAGAACUUAAUGCCAACAAUGGCUGCUUCCAAAGGUGGUGUCCUACUGGGAGGAGAUAUCAUCUCUGCAAAGUGUUGGCAAAGGCAACCCAGCGGAUGGCAGAGCUAAAUACAAAGAGUGAUCAGUUCGAACCAUUUUCGCAUCAUGUUAUUGUUCCAGAUAUAGAGUAUCACUCUUCUAAAGAUUUUAUGUUCUUCAAGUCAACAGAAAUGGCAUAUGAUCAACUAUGGGAGGCACUGCAAGAUGAUGAUAGCUCUAUAAUUGGGUUGUGGGGUAUGGGCGGUUCGGGCAAAACCACAUUGAUAAAGGAAGUAGGAAAGAAAGCCAAAGAAUUAGGGCUAUUUGAUCGAGUUAUAAUCACAACAGUUUCCCAAACUCCAAAUAUUAGGAAGAUUCAGGGUGAACUUGCAGACCUGAUGGGACUUGAGUUGAAGGAAGAAACUGAAGUGGGAAGGGCGAGAAGAAUUGCAAUGAAAUUACAAAGUCCAGAGGAGCGAAUUCUGAUUAUAUUGGAUGAUGUAUGGGCUAUGUUGAACCUUGAGGAUAUAGGGAAACCCUUUGGGGAUGAAGGUCCCAGAAAUUGCAAAGUCCUUCUUACCACACGUCGUCAAGAUGUAUGUAGUUUGAUGGAUUGCCAAAAAACUAUUCCAUUGGGUUUGCUAACAGAACAUGAAGCCUGGGAUCUAUUUCAAACUCAUGCUAAAGUAGAUGAUGGUGCUAGAAAAGUGGCCCAGGAAGUUGUUACGGAAUGUAAGGGACUACCCAUUGCAAUUGUGGCCAUGGGGAAGUGCUUAAGAAGAAAAGGACUUGAUGAGGUGAAUGUAGUAUUGCAUAGGUUAAGACAUUCGAAGCCAGUUGACGUGGAUAAGGGAGGGAGUGAUGCUUUUACUUGUCUGAAGUUAAGCUAUGAUUAUUUGGGAACUGUAGAAGCCAAAUCGUUGUUCUUGAUCUGUGCUAUGUUUCCCGAAGAUCAUGAAAUUAUCAUUGAAGAUCUUUUUAGAUAUGGAGUUGGGUUGGGCCUAUGCGAAGAUGCUGACUCAUUUGAAAUAGCAAGGAGCCAAGUUAUAGCAGCCAUAAAUGUUCUCAUUGAUUCUUCGUUGUUGAUGUAUUUUGUCAACUUCAAGAGUGAAAAAUCUGUGAAAAUGCAUGACAUGGUUCGCGAUGUAGCUUUGUGGAUAGCACCUAGAGAGCAUGGUACAAUUAUGGUAAACUCUGCUAAAGAAUUGAAUGAAUUGCUUGAAGAUGAAGCAGUAAAAGAUUGCUAUGCAGUAUCUUCAUGGAAGAAAAAAACUGAAUUGGUUAAAUUUCCUUCCCAAUUGGACGCUCCAAAGCUUGAGCUUCUGUUGUUAAAUUCGACCAAACCCUUGGAUUUAUCACAUGCAUCAUUUGAAGGUGUAAAAGGACUAAAAGUUGCAGCUUUGAUUGGCAAUCAGUUUGGCUAUUUGACUGAAUUAGUACCUCAUUCAGUGCAACAGUGGUCUAAUCUUCGAACAUUGCGCUUGGAAAGUUGGGAUUUAGGUGACAUUUCUUUUUUGGUAAACCUAAAAAGGCUGGAAAUUCUUGACUUGAAAGGCAGCAAAUUUAAAAAAUUGCCAAAUGGAAUUGAAAAACUAAAUCGUCUGAAAUUGCUCGAUUUGUCAUGGUGUGCAGCAGAAGAGUGUUUUUGUAAAGUAAUUGGAAGGUGUUCGCAACUAGAAGAAUUAUAUAUUUCUAGAAAUUUACGGCCUUCAGGAUACACAAUUUGUUAUGAAUGCUUCGUGGGGGCCCCAGCUCUCCCAAAGUUGAGAAGGUAUACAUUAGAAAUGGGGCAAUGCGCCAAGCCUAUGUUCUGGAAAAAAGGCUUCAGAGAGUUAUCCUUUGGGGAAUUAAAUAUCUCCAUUUCAAGUGCAAUGAUCAAGGAUCUUGCACAAAGAGCAACUGCAAUUGAAUUUUAUAACCUUCAAGGAGGCUGCAAAAGUUUCAGUCCAGAUGUGGUUCAAGCUGUAGGAGGCACGAAUGAGCUAAUUAAACUCUGUCUUCAACACUGUUCUGAGUUUGACUGCCUUACUGAUGAGACUAGUCCUCAUGAUGAAGACAUAGUUGUCCUUAGAUUGGUUGAAUUGGUGUUGAAGUAUAUGGAUAAUCUAAAACAACUAUGUCAGGGUCCUCCUAAUCGUAGCUUAUUCCUAAAUCUGGAAAGUCUAUAUAUAGGAAGUUGCCGUCAAUUGAUUAACAUGUUUCCUGCUAAUUGCAACUUAUGCAACCUUAAGGUCCUUAACAUUGUCAACUGUCCGAUGUUGACAUCUGUCUUCUCCAUCUCUGUUGCUUGCACUCUGUUAUCUCUAGAAAAACUCACAAUAGAAGGAUGUCAUGAAUUGAAGCACAUAAUUGAGGGAGAGGAUGGCGUUGAUAUAUGGGAGGAUCCGAGAUUCCCAAAAUGGGAAGUUCUAUCUGUUUGUGAUUGUAAGCAAUUAGAAUCUAUUUGCCCAAGCUUCUGCGUCCAAGGGUUUGUGCAAUUGAAAUCUUUAUUCAUAAGAGAUACUCCUCAGUUGAAAUUUUUAUUUGGUGAACAUAGUGAAGAAACAUCCAUACGUGAUGAAAAUGAGACUAAGAUAGUGCUUCCACUUUUAGAAGAACUCAGAUUGGAGUACCUCCCAAAUCUACUCAGAAUUUGCUCAGAAAGCCAUCAUCUAUUGUGGCCAUCUAUAAAGAAAGUAAAAUGGACAGGCUGUCCAAGAUUGAAUGCUUCAUGUGAUCCUCUCAUUAUUGAUUCAGAACUAAGGCAAUCAGGUCCAAAUAUGGAGUCUCAUGCAUAUAAUGACCAGCAACCGAGAGUUGGAGAAUCCAGGCCCGUAGCAGCUAUUUCAAAUGUUGAAAGCAUUGUCUUUUUCAAUUGUGGGGUAGUAUCUACAUUUAUCCCAAAAGUUCCAAUAUUCCAAUGCCUUAAACAAUUGUCUGUGGAAGGAUGUGGAAAUCUGAAAUUUGUUUUCUCAGCUAGUAUCUGUCAAAGCCUUCCAGAGUUAACUUCUAUAACCAUAUCUUGCUGUCACGAGAUGAAGGAAGUCUUUUUGGGAAAUGAAGAAACUCAGGAGAGUCUAUCCAUAUAUCGACUUUGUCUGCCAAAUUUACAGAGUCUGGAAAUCAAACAGUGCAACAAGUUGAAAAGGAUUUUUUCCUUUAUGGUUACUGAUGAUGCUAUCUUAAUGUUUCCAAAACUAAGAAUUCUAAGCAUAUCAAAAGCUUCACAAUUGGAAGAAAUGUUCAGAUGCUCAAAUAUUGAAGACCAUGUUAUUGACAGUGAAAAUGAAAUCAUGUUCCCAAACUUGGGAUUGAUAACACUUGAGGAGUUGCCGAGACUUGCUAAUUUCUGCCAAGGGUUCAAGUUUCAAAUAUCUAUGUAUUGCAGUGUGUUGGUAUAUGAAUGCCCAAAACUGGUGCCAAAUGUGGGGUCGAGUGCCAGGUGGGGUGUAGUGAGAUUUGUUAGGAAGCAUGUGUUGAAAUGCUGCCAAUUAGACAAUAAUGAGGGUCUCUCUCCGCCACUUCUUAUUCUAAAUUCAGAAGAACUGGAUGAUUUAAGUGUUGAAGUGCAAGACUUCUGUAGAGUCAUCGGUGACGAGGACUCAGAGAUGGCCGGUUUAUAUCAAACACUUAAGGGUCUUACUCCCACUCAAGGUUUGAGUUUCCAAUUUCUUCAUUCUUUGGAAGUCGUUCGAUGUGGAAAGUUGAAGUUUUUAUUCACUGCAAGCACCAUUGUCCAUAACAGCCUUCCCAAAUUGAAAUUCCUAACCUUAUCUCAUUGUGAAGAAUUGGAGGAAAUAAUUGCAGACAAUGAGGAGCCUCGAAACACAUCUAAUACUCAAGUUUGCUUCCCAGAACUACGAGAGUUGGAGGUUCAAAGGUGUAACAAGCUCAAAAGACUCUUUCCUACAACCAUAAACACCAUUCUUCCACAGCUUGAUUCUUUGUUGAUAACUGAGGCUAAUCAAUUAGAAGUGAUAUUUGGACAUGAAAGGGAAGAUGAUGCUAACGAUGGAGAGAAAAUUGUGCUUCCAAGCUUGAGAAACAUAAAGCUCAGAAAUUUGCCCAAUUUCGUCCGUGUUUGUCAAGGAUUUCAGUUUGAAGCAGUGCAGCUCUCCAGCAUCAACAUAUGCAAAUGCCCCAUGUUUCUUGAUCCAAUUUUUGGAUCAACUCAAAUGGUUUCACUUCAACAAUGGAAAUCAAUGGAUUCUAGAGGAGUUGAAGAUUUCCAAACUGAGGCAAGUGUAGAAAAAGAGUUUCAUGCCAGUGAAGAAAAGGGGAAGAUCAUGAUCUCAGAAGUACAUUCUUUGACUUUGAGGCAUUCAGCUAACCUCAUAACUUCUUUGUGGGAGGGUCCCACUUUAAUCAGCUUCCAAAAUCUUGGACAGUUAAAUGUGUUCGGAUGCAGAAGAUUAAAGUCUAUCUUCCCUUGCACUGUGAUCAAAAGCCUUCCAUGUUUAGGCUCUCUGACCAUUAUUGAAUGUGAAGAGUUGGAGGAAAUCAUAUCAGCAAAAUGGGAACAAGAGUAUGAUCACUUUCCAAAUUCUUCCUUGUGCUUCCCAAGACUUGACAGUCUUGAAGUCUCUAGAUGCAGAAAGUUGAAAUGUCUCUUCUCUCUGCCCUCUAAUGGUGAUUUUGCAAAGUUGGAAGAUCUGAAAAUAAAAGGGUGCUCUCAACUGGAGCAAGUUUUUAGUUGUGAACUUGAAAUCCAUGAGGAAGAGUCCAACAAGAACCUGCUUCCAAAUCUCAGAUAUCUUCUACUUAAAGACUUGCCCAAACUCACUCACAUUUGUGCGAGUUUUCCUUCUCUGUUAAAGUUUUUGCCUCUGAGGAUCUUGGAAGUUGAGGAUUGCCCUGUGCUCCAAAACAGAGAUAAUGUUGAAGAAAGUGGAUGCUAUGAUUCAGAUGGUUUUUAUGACGACGACUUUAUAGCAUUUGAGACUACAAAUCAAUUUCUUCAAGGGAGGCCUCCCCAACCGCCCGCUUCGAUGGUUCUUGAUACAAUCGGUUGUGUCGACGGAUGUUUUGAGAAGAAGGAAAGUUCUAGAAGCUACCACAACCUUAACGGGGCUCGUCCUCUAACAUUGGUGGCAGCGUCGUCGUCGUCCUCACCUUACUCAGAUGUUCAGUCCUUGGCCAUAGCUCUUGCUCUUUGCUUUUCCUCUUAAUCUGUGGGACAAGUUUGAAAUUGUGUGGCUGUACGUGUUACUGUCAUGGGGGAUUUUUUUGCAAAUUGAUUCAUGUACUUUGAUACCUCUGCCUCAUUUUACUUUUCUGUAUAAAUGUUUGCAUCUUUCAAGAACGUUUUAAUCAACUGAGAACCUUCACUUAUCCA